AUGCACAUGGAGCGAAGCUGCGGUGCUUGCGGCAAAACUGUGUAUCCCACAGAGGAACUAAGGUGCCUAGAUAAAUUGUGGCACAAAUCGUGUUUUCGAUGUCAGGAAUGCAGGAAAAUUCUUGGAAUCCACAACUUUAAAGGUCAUGGUGGAAAACCCUACUGUAAUGUCCACUACCCACUGUCGAAGUCCUUCACCCAGGUCAGCGACACUCCCGAGAUGCAACAGGUUGCAAUAAACACCAAGAAUAUGAGUAAGAUACAAUACCACAGAGACUACGAGCUUUCAAGAGGCCGACAGGCAUCCCUUCCUGAGAGUCAAGCGUCCUUCGACUAUGGUAACGAAUUCAGUAGAACUGUCGAGACACCACCGAUGCAACAACAGAGCUACAGCCGGUCAAGUACAGGUGAACAAGUAAAACAGGUUCCUUUGAGCCCAGAGUCUUACUCGUUCUCACAUCCACCGAUGAAUGUCACCAAUGGCAACGCUCGAGACAAUUAUGCCAAGACCAAUACUCAAACAGCAUCAGUGUUGAAAAACGAUAACGUGGGAAAAAGUAGGGAGAGCGUUGAAGAAGAGGGUGAUGCCAUUCCAAUUUAUCGACCCGACCUGGUGAUGAUCGGCGGCAUGAAGGUGACUGGCAGCGGAUUGCACUUCCAAGCUGUGUACAGCUACGAGGCAGCCGAGGAUGAUGAGGUGAGCUUUGUAGAGGGCGAUGAGAUCCUUCACGGCGAACCGAUCGAUGAGGGCUGGAUGUUCGGCACAGUUCGACGAACCGGUCAAUUCGGCAUGCUGCCAUCCAAUUAUGUCGUACCCAUCCAGAACCCCAACUACAAUCCCUGA